GGCUAUCGCGAGUAUGGUUGAAAAUAGAGGACGAUAUGCUGUGAUCACCAGGUGAUGUCCGCUAGCGAUCAUGCUUUGUAGAUUUUUGGCAACAGUGAUUCGAUCAUAUUUAGACGCUUUGAUGCACACCCUCGGUUUGUUGAUAGGAUGGUUUGCUCCAAGUAACUGGAUAUCGUGGAAACCAACUUCAAUGGCUCAGCUUGCUCAGGCAGAAAAUAAACUUUUGCGAUGUGUAAAACAUGUCAUCAACAGAAGAUUUGUCAUAUUACCUCGAACCCAGCACCGUAUCUGGACUAUUGCAGUGAAUGAAGACUUUGAGAGGGCCGAUAAGAGUCAAGUUACUCCCAUUGUCCUUGUGCAUGGUUUUGGAGGCGGCAUAGGACUCUGGUCCCAAAAUUUAAAUUCUUUAGCAAAGAAUGCACCGGUGUAUGCAUUUGAUGUGCUGGGCUUUGGUCAAAGUGCUAGACCAACAUUCAGCAAGAAUGCUGCUUUGGCAGAGAUGCAGUUUGUGGAAUCUAUAGAAGAAUGGCGAAAAGAAAUGAAACUUGACAGCUUCAUAAUGUUGGGACAUAGUUUUGGUGGUUAUCUAGCAUCAUCUUUCGCAAUCAGAUAUCCAGAAAGUGUGAAACAUUUGGUGCUUGUGGAUCCUUGGGGUUUCCCAGAGCAACCUCCAGUACAUCAGAGAAGAAAAUUACCCUACUGGGCUAAACUUACUGCAGCACUUAUGUCUCCAUUCAACCCACUCGCUGCUAUACGUGUAGCUGGCCCAUUGGGUAAAAGUCUUGUUAAGAAUUUUCGACCUGAUUUGAAAUUGAGGUUUUCUGACGAUGAUGAUGAGGACACGAUUUUUGAUUACAUAUACCACUGUAAUGCACAAACUCCAAGUGGGGAGACAGCUUUCAGGAAUAUGACAAAGGGAAUUGGCUGGGCCAAAAGACCUAUGAUACACAGAAUAACGGACAUCCCAGACUAUAUUCCCAUCACUAUGAUCUAUGGAGCUAAAUCAUGGAUGGACAGUAAUGCUGGUAACCAUGUCAAGUAUUUGCGGAACACAAGCUAUGUAGACGUACAGGUAGUGAAGGGAGCAGGUCACCAUGUUUAUGCUGAUAAGCCAAUACCAUUCAACACACUUAUAACACAGAUCUGUGAUUUGGUAGACAGAGGCAUCUUACCCUUAAAAUCUAAUAGUCCAAAGUACAAACAAGGCAUGACAAAUCGGACAACAAGUGAAAGUUCACCAGAUAAAGACCUAACUCAGCCAGACACAGUACCAAGUUCUUUAUAGACAAAAUGUUCAGUGUACUUCCAAACAUAUAUUAUCAUCCAAUCUCUGUAUAGGAUUUCACUUCAUUUGUUAUCUCAUCAUUAGUAAUGAGUUUGCGUUCUCGAAAAUAAAAACAGUACUCUGUCCUCAAGGUGGUAAUGAUGGUAGUUUUACAUUCAGUUAAGUGAUUUUCUUAAAGACUCUUAGGUAAAUUGAACCUAGUGUGAUAAUUAGCCUGUUCAGAAACAAUGGCAGGGAACUUAAUUUGGUCUCAUAGUACACAUUUCUAUCUGCAGCACGUUUGUCAGUUUAUCCAGAAUUCUCUGGAAUGUUAUUAUAGGUUGAAACAUGCAAUUCACAAGAUGUGUACAAGUAUAUAUUUCAAUAUAACAGAGCGUAAUCGUCACUGACAAGCAUAUAAAAAUGACUUAUUAGUAGCAAAGAACAGUUUAAAAAGCCAUCAUUUAUGUCGGCAAAAGUUUUCUUUUUUUAAAUAUUUACAAUUGAAGCAUACAUUUUAGACUCUUUAGACUAAUCUCUUAGUAUUAAAUUAAACCUCUGAGAAAUAUUAAAAAGUUUUAAUGUCUCAAACUAAUUUGUAAACUUGGGGAAAGUCCUGGUAGAAUUAAAGUCCUUGUACUGGCCACCAUGUAACAUUUUUAAUAUUGACAGAUUCUGCAUAUCUUCAAUCUUUAUAAAGUGCUUCAAGUUUUAUUUUAGAAAGAGGUUAUUUGGUUUUUGCUACUGGAAGUGUUUGCAUUUAUAGAUUAACUUGAGUUAGUCAUAUAAUUAAUUUGUCAUACUGUUGUCGCAUACACACACAACUGCAGAUAUUUUUUAAAAGUUGUGUUUGGUAUCCCUGCCUUAAUAAACAGUGUUAUGGCCCUUCAUUCAGGAAUGAUAUUUUUUCCAGGCAUUUGAACUCUUGCCAAUUUGCAAUUGUCAAAUUUUGUAUGAAAUUUGCUAUAUUGUGUAUUUCCGACAGAGUUGUAGCCCUUUGUUGAUUUAUAUUCCAAUUUUUUACUUGAGGUCAGUAGUUUAAUAGUUGACCUGUUUUAAUUUAUACUUGAACAUGAGUAAUUAUCUAAAUCUGAACCCUAUUACCUGUCAUUCCUAUGAUGUUUUUAGAAGAAAACAAAACCAAUGUUUUUUUUUCUCAGCUCAUUCCAAAGAAUAGUCUUGAUUAUUCAAACUUUUUUCUGACUUUUUAAAUCAGUGUAGAAUCUAUUGAUUCCAGAACAAUAUUGAAAACUGAUACAAUGGCUGAAUUAUUAGGACUAUUCAAUGGUGCAGUGCUUUUAUCAGAUAUAUCCGAUCAUCAACAAUGAUUUGUUUUAUUGUACUUUUUGCAUAAACAGUGUUAUUUGUCUUGCAUAAGGUGUUAUUUGAACAAGAAUAGCAAGUCGUUAACACGAUGAAUGUAUAGAUAAAGUGUUUUUGUGCUUUCUUAUGUUUGUUGAGUCGCCCUACAGUCUACUCUGCCUGGAAAAACCAAUGUUUUCCCGCAUAUAUGCUUGAAGAACACAUUAUAUAAAAACUCAGGGUACUGUCAGUAAAUAUAUCUAAUGUGUAAAGAAAGUGUAUGUUGCAUUUACUGUUUGCUAUGUCAAGUAAAUGUGAUUCACGUUAAUAAACCAUGCUUUAAAUUUA